AUGUGGGAAUGCUGCGGGGCCCCCCGCCGGGAAGGGAGGCGGGGGAGCGCCUGCCGGGGGGCAGGCGUCGUGCCCUUCGUGGCCCUGCUCCUGCUGCAGCGGCGGCCCGUGGCCGGCCGGGCGCUGCUGGUGAGCGGCUCGGGCUGCCCCAGCCACGGCCUGUGCCGCUCCAACGUGCAGGAGCAGACCCGCAGGCAGGUGGCCGUGCUCAACGCCACCGCCCAGGAGCUCUUCGGCCUCUACCUGAAGUGCCAGGGAGAGCCGUUCAGCAGCGAGAGCGACAAGCUCUGCAACCCCGCCGGCAUCUUCUUCCCCGCUUUCCGCGUCAACCGGACGAGCGAGAGGAAGGAGGUGAUGGUGGCCAUGUACAAGCUCUUCGCCUUCCUCAACGCCUCGCUGGGCAACAUCACGCGCGACCAGGAGGAGCUCAACCCCGUGGCCAAAGAGCUCCUCGAGCGGCUCCACAACACCACCAAGACCACCCGAGGCCUCAUCUCCAACCUCACCUGCCUCCUCUGCAAGAACUACAACAUCUUCCAGGUGGACGUCAGGUACGGGGACAGCUCCAAGGGCAAGAGCGCCUUCAAGAAGAAGCAGCAGGGCUGCCAGGUGCUCAGGAAGUACGUGCAGGUCAUCGGGCAGGCAGCACGUGUCCUCCUACCUCAUCUCAGCCCCUCAUGAGCGCCCGCCCCGCCUGCGCUGCCUCUCUGCUGCUGGCCGGCCCCGCCGCUGCCUCCCCAAUUCCCGCCUUCCUAUUUAUUACCCGGAGCCUGCGCCGGCCCCAUCCGCCCUCCGGUAAUUUAUUGCCCCUUGACGGGGUGAACGUGUCAGCCCGGAGCGUCCGGGCAGGGCAGAGCCGGCACCCGG